CUUUGUCUUGAUUGGACGCUUCCAGGGACUCACUGGGAAUACUGAUGGCAUUUUACUUAGUAGCUGUUCCACAUGGAAGAUGCUUCUUUAGUAUCCCAUCUUUCUCUUGUAACCUAAAGCAGGAGGUGUGAAAUAAUCCGUAGUUGCAUUUUGCAUGAUUUGAAUUUGCUGUAAUAAUGCAGUAUUGUAGCUGGCAUGUAAAUGUAAGUAUCUGGCUUCUAUAGAGUUCAGUGGUGCAGGUGGGCUAUUGCAGUGCAAAUCGACUGUCUGCGCUAGCAGAGUUACCCUGCAUCAUCCUGACUAUUCUCUGGUUGCUUCUUCGAUUGAAGAAAGAGAAGAAGAAUUUCUUGAGUUAUCGCGUGGAUUUUCUGCUUAUGGAAUAAGUAUAUCCAUCCAUGGGUCUAACAAACAUUUGCAAAUUCAUAAGAGGAAAAGUCUUGCAAACCACUCUCUUGCUAGCGAUCAGAUUGUGGUCAGGCAUUCCUCACUCCCUCCACUUAGAAGGGGAAUAAGAAUGGAGUCUUCUUCUGCUGGAAAAUGUGCUCUCUCAAAUGGGAAGACUGAGAUUCAUUAUCCAGGAGUUAAAGAUAUAAAUAUAUUAUUUGAUGACUUAGAAGCUGCAAACAGUCCUUCCAAAGAUGAUGACUCUUUGCUUCAUGGCGGUAAUUUGACAAGCAUGUCAGAUGAAGGGAGCAGGUUGGAUGCUGAAGGCGAGGUUUUAAGUGCACCAGAGAAGAACAGAACUAAUGGAUUAUUUUUUAAUGAUGGGAAGUGUCGUAUUGACUAUAUACUGGUGUACAGAAAAUCAAGCCCCCAGUCUGAGAAAAGAGAGAUUUUUGAAAGGAAUGUACGUGCAGAAGGAUUACACAUGGAGAAAGAGUCGUCAAUCAUAAACAGUGACAUCAUAUUUGUAAAGUUGCACGCUCCAUGGGAUGUCCUUGGAAGAUAUGCUGAGCAGAUGAAUGUGAGAAUGCCUUUCAGGAGAAAAAUCUAUUACCUGCACCGCCGGUACAAGUUCAUGAGCAGGAUGGAGAAACAGUUGAGCAGGUUUCGUGGAUGGUUGCCUAAAAAGCCCAUGAGAUUGGAUAAGGAGACAAUACCAGACCUUGAAGAGAAUGACUGUUACACGGCCCCCUUCAGUCAACAGCGAAUUCAUCAUUUUAUUAUAAAUAACAAAGACACAUUUUUUAACAAUGCCACGCGAAGUCGGAUUGUGCACCAUAUUCUGCAAAGAGUCAAAUAUGAAGAAGGAAAAAACAAAAUAGGACUGAACCGUUUACUUUCUAACUGUACAUAUGAAGCUUCCUUCCCUUUACAUGAGGGAAGUUACAGAAGUAAAAAUUCAAUAAAGACACAUGGAGCUGAGAAUCAUAGACAUCUUUUGUUUGAGUGCUGGGCCUCCUGGGGAGUUUGGUAUAAGUAUCAGCCAUUAGACCUUGUACGAAGAUAUUUUGGGGAGAAGAUUGGCCUCUAUUUCGCAUGGUUAGGCUGGUAUACGGGAAUGCUUUUUCCAGCAGCGAUAAUUGGAUUAUUUGUCUUCUUAUAUGGAAUGUUUACACUAGACAGUUGCCAAGUCAGUAAAGAAAUCUGCCAAGCUACAAAUGUCACCAUGUGUCCAUUGUGUGACAAGUACUGUCCCUUCACGAGGCUCUCGGACAGUUGUGUUUAUGCCAAGGUAACUCAUCUGUUUGACAAUGGAGCAACUGUCUUCUUUGCUGUGUUCAUGGCAGUGUGGGCCACAGUUUUUCUGGAGUUCUGGAAGAGGAGACGAGCAGUUAUUGCCUAUGACUGGGACUUAAUAGACUGGGAAGAAGAAGAGGAAGAAAUACGCCCUCAAUUUGAAGCCAAAUAUUCAAAAAAAGAAAGAGUAAACCCAAUAUCAGGAAAACCGGAGCCUUAUCAAGCCUUUACAGAUAAAUGCAGCAGACUUGUAGUAUCUGCUUCUGGAAUAUUUUUUAUGAUUUGUAUCGUAAUUGCUGCUGUGUUCGGCAUUGUUAUAUAUCGUGUUGUGACUGUCAGUACAUUUGCUGCCUUUAAAUGGGCACUUAUCAGGAAUAACUCUCAGGUUGCUACCACAGGAACUGCAGUGUGCAUCAACUUUUGUAUCAUAAUGUUUCUGAAUGUGCUGUAUGAAAAAGUUGCACUCUUCCUCACCAAUCUAGAACAGCCACGGACUGAAUCAGAGUGGGAGAACAGCUUUACUUUGAAAAUGUUUCUUUUUCAGUUUGUCAAUCUGAACAGUUCAACAUUUUACAUAGCAUUCUUUCUAGGAAGGUUUACUGGGAGACCAGGUGCAUAUCUAAGACUUAUAAACAGAUGGCGACUUGAAGAGUGUCACCCCAGUGGAUGCCUUAUUGACCUAUGCAUGCAGAUGGGAAUUAUAAUGGUUCUAAAACAAACCUGGAAUAACUUCAUGGAACUUGGCUACCCAUUGAUUCAGAAUUGGUGGACACGCAGAAGAUUACGACAAGAAUAUGGACCCCGAGGCAAAGCUAACUUUCCUCAGUGGGAAAAGGAUUAUAAUUUGCAACCUAUCAAUCCAUAUGGACUGUUUGAAGAAUAUCUUGAAAUGAUUCUUCAGUUUGGUUUCACAACAAUAUUUGUGGCUGCAUUUCCCUUAGCCCCACUCCUUGCCUUACUCAACAAUAUUAUUGAAAUCCGCCUUGAUGCCUACAAAUUCAUCACUCAGUGGAGGCGUCCAUUAGCGUCACGAGCCAAGGACAUAGGUAUCUGGUAUGGAAUUCUAGAAGGUAUUGGAAUCCUUUCAGUUAUCACCAAUGCAUUUGUCAUUGCGGUGACUUCAGACUUUAUUCCUCGACUUGUUUAUGCCUAUAAAUACGGACCAUGUGCAGGCCAAGGACAAGCCGGAGAAAAAUGUAUGGUUGGCUACAUAAAUGCUAGCCUUUCGGUCUUCUUGGUCACUGAUUUUGAAAACCGCUCAGAGUCUGCAGUUCCUGGAAGGGAAUUUCCUGGACCAAAAUACUGCCGGUAUCGAGACUACCGAGACAACCCUCAUGCCCCUGAACCAUAUGCCUACACUCUGCAGUUCUGGCAUGUUCUUGCUGCACGAUUGGCUUUCAUCAUUGUAUUUGAGCACCUUGUUUUUUGCAUAAAGAAUUUGAUCUCCUACUUAAUACCAGACCUCCCAAAAGACCUAAGAGAUCGAAUGCGGAGGGAAAAGUACCUCAUACAAGAAAUGAUGUAUGAAGCAGAAUUGGAGCGAGUACAAAAAGAAAAAAAGGAAAGGAAAAAGAACGAAAAAUGUCAAAAUAAUGAGUGGCCAUAAAUCUGAAUAAUCUGGAAAAAGAUGAAAUAGCCUUCAACGAUGGCUUUCCAAGAUCUUUUGCAUGGAAACAAAAUAUAACACUGCAGCACAUCAUUCAGCUAUCAGCAACUGAUCUUUUGUGAAACUGUGUUGCAAAGGACAUUGCUCUAUUUAUUGAUACCCAACAAGCAUGUGGAUACUGAAAGACCUCUUCUAUUUUAUAUACCAAUAGACAGAAGUAUGCAAUUGGACAGCUUGGGCAUUUUUUCCACCUUUUUGUACUUUUGCAUUUUGCUUAAUGUUCGUCUAACCGAUAAUGAAUUACCAUCGCAAUUUGAUUCAUAGAGCACAUGUUCUAUUCAGUCACAAGGUUAUGGAACUGCAAAUCUGUUUACAUUGAAAUAUUUUUUGUACUUCAGAUAUUUCUGAGGAAAGUUUCUAUAAUGUUAUACAUUCUGUAUAAAUGUAAAUAAUACAAAGAUCUUAAUUAUUUGUACAUAAUCAAUCAAU